CGACUCAUGCGAGUUUUACUGUACUAGUACUACUGAUUCUCGUUGCAGUACGUAUUACUACACUAGUAGUAGUACAUAAAUCAGCACGUCAAAUCGAUACGUAAAAUACGUAAUGGAAUCAGCACGUAAAGUGGGCAUCGUAGGAUAUGGUCACAUUGGAAAAUACCUUGUGGACUGCAUUUUAGAUCAUCCUAACCUUGAGCUGGCAUUUGUCUGGAAUCGGACACCAAGUGUGAUGCAAGGAAAGGUUGAGGAGGGUUACAUUUUAACUGACCUAGCUGAAUUUGUCCACAUAGAGGUAGACCUGAUUGUUGAGGUGGCCCAUCCAAGCAUAUCUAUGCAGUAUGGACCCCUGUUUCUACAGCAUGCAGACUACAUGAUGGGAUCACCCACAGCUCUUGCUGACAGAAAGCUGGAAACUACGUUAAGAAAACUUAGUGCUGAGUACAGCCAUGCUGUCUACAUUCCUAGUGGAGCUUUCUGGGGUGGAGAAGAUAUUCGCAAAAUGGCUGAUAUGGGAACAUUAUUGGGUUUGAACAUAUCAAUGACAAAGCAUCCAUCUAGCUUCAAGCUGUUGUCUCCUCUAAUGGAAAAGAAUGAGAAUGUAGUGCAAAGAACUGUUUUGUAUGAGGGUCCAGUGAGGGAGCUUUGUCGUUUAGCGCCAAACAACGUUAACACAAUGGCAGCUGGAGCAGUAGCAGCUCAUAAUUUGGGCUUCGAUGGCGUUCAAGGAUCAAUAAUAUCUGACCCAAACUUGCCAGACUGGCAUGUUGUAGAGGUCCAGGUCACAGGGCCAACCAACCCAAAAACUGACCAAACGUUUACAGUCAAGACUGUACGUCAGAAUCCAUCACAAGCUGGUAGUGUGACUGGCAGUGCUACAUUCAAGUCAUUCUUCAGCAGUAUACUAGGUGCCACUGGAAAAGAUUCAGGAUUUCACCUCUGCUAAGUGAAUCAUGCUCAACAUGUUGUAUGCAUUAAAAAGUACAUAUUUAACAAUUAAUUCAUGGGUAAUACUGCCAACUUUAUUCUUAUUAUCAUAUGAAAUAAUCAUAGCUGUACUUAGAUCGGCUUGUGAUGAAAUUAUAAACAUUAAAAUCAGAGGUGCUAGUUGUGAUGUGUAAGGGGCCUAUUGUGCAGGAAUGUAUAUUUUAUAUAAUAAUGUUGUGCUAACAAUGUAUUUUUUAAUAUAUUUUAUUAUUUUUAACAAAAGUUAUUGCUAUCAAAAACAAGAAAAGAGAUGUUCUUAUAAAAA